AUUUUGCGUGGGCGACAGAUUUUAUCUCUGCGAUAACAAGAUCCUCUGCGAGUACGAUUACGAAGAGAGGCUGGUUUUUGCCAAUAUGGCCUUGCAUCCUCCGCCUAGCGCGACUUUGGCACACAUCAAGAGACAAGUGACCCAUCUUCAGCCGCCGAAUGUAGCGGGUGGAGCUCAGCGACAGGCGAACGGGGAAGCGGCGGCCCAUAACCACAACGGAUAUCCAGCACCAACCAGCUCGAGCGCCCAUAACGUCCUGAACCCCAUGAAUAAUUUAAACGGUAUCAAUGCGCAAGCAUCGUACGAUGCCAAAUGACAAACGAAGU